CACAAACUAUCUAUUUACACACUAGUGGCGCGGCGAUGGCGUCGAUGGCGUCGUAGGAAAGCCUACUUCCGCCGCGUCAGCUUCCUCUGAUCUUUCUCAAGCCCAGCAAAGGCCCGCCGGCACUCCUGCAACCGCACAACGAGACUCUUGGCGUCGGCCAUCGAGACGCCCCGCUCAUCAGAGACCUGUAAAACGCCGAACCCCGCCCGAUGAGCGGCCGCGAUGUUCUCCCCGCGGUCGUCGACGAGAAUCACGCAGCGCUUGUCUACCACACCCGCAUUCUCCCUUAUAUUUUCGAGGGCCCGUACUUUGGCUGCGGGUACUCCACCCCCAAUAAGAUUGCGGAACGUCCAGGGCACGUUGCCGUCAUAGCAGUAGUGGUCCUGCAGAGGAAUAUCGAGGAACUUCGUCAAGUAGGGGUCGCGGCAGUAGGAUGCUGGUCUGGCCGUAUUGACGGCGACCUUCGAGCCGAGGACCCGCGCGGCUCGCACCAACUCGUGGACGACGGCUGGGCUCGCCGUCGUGAUGGUGCCGUCAAUAUCCAACGCCAAUGCGGAGGGGUUCGGCUUCAGGAGGGGUUCGGGUUGGCUCAUCGUUCCGGUUUUGGGCGGCGCGCGGGUUCAGGACGUCGCGGCGGCGGCGCGUCGUGGCUUUUGACGGCUGCGCACCAGUUGAUGUCGCGUCGGCGGCGUAGACUGCGGCUUUCGAUCCUCGCCGCUCGUAAUUGCUCGCAAAGCGGUGCACAGUUUGGCAAGCUUGCACAGUCGCGCUGCGUGCUUUUUGCAAGCCACAAGCGAGCAGCACGGCUGGGUGGCUCUGUUAUAGCUUACGCAAAAGCGAAACGAGCUGUUGGGCUUCACAGCGGCGUUACGAGCCGCUUGAACGUAUGAUGCG